AUGACAGCGAUCAUGUCUCAAGACGAGGUCAAGGCUAACGGAUGGACCGCCGUCCCCGUCGACGCGGGCAAGAUCUUCGGCGACAAACCAUUCCUCCACGAACCCACGUACAUCUCGGUCAAAGACAUCAAAAUCCCCUCCGAAGACCCGGUGGUAGCCCAGACAAUCAAAUACGCCAAAGAACGACUCCACGCCCCAACCUUCAACCACUCGAUGCGUGUCUUCUACUAUGGAAUGGCGAUAACAAAACAACAGUUCCCCGAAAAAGCAGCCACCUUCUCCCCGGCAACGUGGGCCCUCACCUGCCUCCUCCACGACAUCGGCACGGCCGAGGAGAACCUCGCCACAACCCGCAUGUCCUUCGACAUCUACGGAGGCAUCAAGGCCCUCGGCGUGCUCAAGGACCACUGCGCCCGCUCAGACCAGGCGGAGGCCGUGUGCGAGGCCAUCAUCCGGCACCAGGACAUGGGCGUGGACGGGACGAUCACGUAUCUCGGCCAGCUGAUCCAGCUGGCGACGUUGUACGACAACGUCGGCCGGCACCCGAACGUGAAGGAGUUCGACAGGAUGAUUCAUGAGGCGACGCGGAGGGAGAUUAACGAGGCGCAUCCGAGGCUUGGGUGGUGUUCGUUCUUUGCCGGGACGAUUCGGAAGGAGGAGGGGAUUAAGCCGUGGUGUCAUUCUACGCAUAUCGUGGAUUUUGAUAAAGAUAUCGAGAGCAACACGUUGAUGAAGGAAUGGGAGUAG